UUUUUUUUGCAAUGCGUCGUUCGGUCCGUUGCUUACCGCCAGUUGGUCAAACAUCUUUUUUUUGCGUGAGAAACUCUUAACAAAAAGUACUGAAAUAUGUCUGAUGCCGAAAUGAAAAGCGAUAAUGAUGGAAACGAUGAUUCCAUGGACUCUUCCGGUUCUGGCGACGCAGAUGAAAUUCCAUCGAAAGCCGCCACCGUUGGUUCUUCCUCGUCUGAUAGUGACGACACGGAGGACGAUGAUGACGAAGCGAACCAGAUCAAGCAGUAUCUGGAACUGCUGGGAAAAAUUCAAGAGGACAAGUACAAUUACGAUAACUAUGUAAAACUACUGGAUAAUGCUCAUCGAAUGACCGACCUAGAUAAAAUCCGACAAAGUGCAGAGAUUUUCGCCUCAGUAUAUCCCCUAUCACCGGAGAUUUGGUUGCGUUGGUUGAGCUGCGAACAGACCAUAGCGUCCAGCCCCGAGCAGUUGCGGGAAGUGGAUAAAUUGUACCGGCGGGCGUUGGGAGACUAUUUCUCCGUCGAAGUUGCGGAACAGUAUGCGCAGCUGGCGCUACUAGCGGACCUUGAACUUUCUGAAUCCAUCUGGGAUACGUUAAUUCCAACGUACGGGUUACAUACCACCAAGGGUCGUGCCAUUUGGAGCGCUUAUCGCGAGGAUUAUCUGACGAAAACUGAAGAAUCUACGGAGCGUUUGAACAGAUUGGCGCGAAUAUUCGAGCAGGAGCUGAAAAUUCCUUUGAAAAAUAUGGAGGAUUCAUACAUUGAGUACAAACUGCUUUGCGAGAAGCAUAAAGAUGUGCUGGAGGACUUGAACCCGGAGAAAUUCGAGCGGCGAUACAAACAGGCCAAAGAUUUACUUCAGAGGAUGUUACCGUUUGAGGAUAAGUUAUUGGCGCUAGAGCCUCACUGUCACCAGGAACGCGCGGAACUCUAUCGGCAGUAUAUACGUGAGUGUCGUUCCCAGCUGGGAGAUGAUGAACUGCAAGUUCUCUACGAGCGAUCGGCAACGGAUUGCUGUUUGGAUCCGUCUGUGUGGUGUGAUUAUUUGAGAUAUUUAGAUAAAUAUCCUCCGGACCUUGAGGAAAGUUCUGCCUCCCCAGUAUUCAGCCAGAGCGCGUUUGAUUUGGUUAAUCGGGCGUUAAGAAACUGUCCGUGGAGCGCCGAGCUGUACGUUGAAAAGAUGCGAAUUGUUGAGCGGGAAAAGCGUCCCAAAGAAGAUAUCCUUAAGAUAAUGGAGGAGGUCGCGACGGUGGAGUUUCAGGCUCCGGAACCGGCUGUUAAGGUAUGGCUGGAGUACUUAACCUACCUGCGCAGGCAUGCCAAUUAUGAAGAGGAAAAAGAGAGAGAUAUUUUGCGAUCUAAUUUCGAAUUGGCCUGGAAUCAGUUGGGUAGGACUUGGGGAGAACUGGCAGAUCCGGAGUGUAAGAUUUUACAGUUCUGGGGACGGCUGGAAUAUGGUCAGCUUGGAAACCCUCUGAAAGGUCGCGAUCUUUGGCAGAAUGUAAUGGAAAGUUCGGAUAAUUCUACGCGAGCAGGACUCUGGAUUGAAUAUGCUGAGUUGGAAGCAAAACGGGGUAUGGAACCGGUUAGGAAACUAUACCGGAAAGCCAUCGGUUCGGUUGGUCUCAAUGAUCCAGAGACACUAGCAGCUGCCUGGAUGAGAUUUGAACGUUGCUAUGGAUCAUUAGAACAGCUGGCUUCUUGUCAGGAGAUUUGCACUGCCACGGUACAAGCGUAUUAUAAAUCACUUAAUAUGCAGCGAACACCGAAGGGCCGUCGUUCAGAUCCGAAAAAAGAACAAGAACCGAAGGAAGGUUCGUCAAAAACCAAACCGAAUCUGAAACGUCCUUUAAAUGACCAGAGCUCAGAUGCUGAUUUCAAAAAGCCUAACAUUCCGAUAGGUCCAGAGCCACCUAAAAAAUCUGAAUCUAGUUUGGAGGAAAACACGAAAAGAAUUCGUUUAGAGGAACCACCAGCCAAGGAAAUUGACACUUCCAGCGAUAGCCGUCGUCUGUUUUUCAGCAAUCUCAGUUUCGAUGCCACCGAAGAUCAGAUUCGUGCCAAUUUUCCGGAGCUACACUUUAAAUCUAUUGAAUUGGUUCAAGGUUCCAGUGGUAAAAGUCGUGGUUUUGGGUAUGUUGAGUUCGAAAGUGAACAGGACGUACAACGUGCGCUCAGCUUCGACCGUCGCCCACUGGAUGGUCGCCCUGUGUUCAUAUCCUCCCUGGCUCGAGACAAGACAAACCGGCAGCACAAGUUUAAAUAUUCCGAGCGUUUCGAGCCCAACAAGCUUUUCAUCAAGGGGCUCCCCUUCGAAGCUGGCAACGAAGAGGUGCGAAAAUUGUUCGAACCGUAUGGCAAACUGCGGGACGUUCGCGUUGUGUACUAUCGCAGCGGCAAGUCUAAGGGACUGGCCUACGUAGAGUAUGAAAGCGAAGCAGCCGCAAAAAAUGCCGUCCUCAAGAUGGACCAGUACGAGAUGAGUGGAUUCACGCUUUCGGUUGCGCUCUCCGCUCCACCACCGAGGGGAAAUCCGACCGGAAGUGGUGUACAGGAAACCGCUCCAUCUACCGGGAGUAGCUUGGGUGGAGGAAAGCGACAUGCUGUCAAGGGUGAUGUGAAACAAAAGUUAUCUAGUAUGAUUCCGACAUCACUUUUGAGAAAAACUGCAGCGCAGACCGUUUCUCAACCAGGAAACAGCUCCAAUGGAAACAAACCGAAAUCAAAUGAGGAUUUCCGGAAGCUUUUGCUGAAAUAGUUCCUGAACAUAACCAUUUUUGUUUCAUGUUUUUUCUCUUUUUCUUUUUUCACAAUGUUCCUGUCUUCGAGCCAUAACGGAGUUUCUUUCCUUUUUUUCAUCUCUACAAAAACGAUAAUUACCGUUAAGUAAAUGUUUUCCGUGUUUCAUACCAUUAUAUUUUUCUAAGAACAGUAAUUACUUGAGAAGUAACGAAAAUAAAAAAAUAUGAAUUGCCACAA